AUGAGGAGCGCACUUGCCCCUGAAUUUUUUGGAACUGAGGCAAGUUCGUUCAUUGGUCACGGGGCAACGCAGCCGAACAAACCAAAGGUAACAAGAAAAAGGAAGAGAAACGAAGACGAUUUCGAACUGAAGAUGAUGAAAGUCAUAGAAAACCCAUAUGACGAAGAAGAAACUUACUGUGGCUUCUUCAGAAGUAUGGUUCCAACAUUAAAAACCUUUACUAGUCAACAGUUUGUAGAAUUUCAGCUCGGCGUUCUCGGAGUUUUAAAAAACGUCAAGGCCCAAGGACAGGGUCAAGGAACUAGCCAAGUCCCUACUACGCAAUACCAACAAGUCCACUACCCACAUCCCGCGAGUCAGCCUCCAAAUAUGUAUUAUCCUCAACAACAGCCACAGUUUCCUCUGCAAUUUUCAAACCAGUCCUACAACAACCCAUACAUUCGUCCGAUUCACCCUCAUACCUCAACCAGCAGUGAAGAUUACUAUACAAUUAACCGACAAACCAGUCUAGAAGCAAGCAUCUAG